AUGGCCCACCGGGCUGAGGUACCCUGGGAGCCUGAGGAUGAGAAGCCCCCAGCUGCCGACUGCAGAAAGAUCAUCCCACACGGCAAGAGGUUCAAAGCUCUGGGCCACAGACCUCCUUCUCUUACUGCCUUCGCUGACGCAGCCACAUCAUCUGCUACUCCUUCAGCACCUGCUGCACCACCCACAUCCACAGCACCAUCACCAGCUUCCCAGCCCAUCUACCACCUAGUGCAUCGACUCUUUGAGCGACUGGAUCAGAUGGAGCGUCGCAACCAGUGGCGUUAUGAGCGGUCUGAGCAUCGCAGUAAGCGACGCUAUGAGCAUCUAAAGCUAAUGAUCAGGUCGAGCCAUACUGACAUUCCCUCCGAGCCUGAUACACCAUCAGAGCCACCUGAGAAGGAGGCGGAUGAGCAGGAGGAGGAGGCACAGGCAGAGCCCCAACACGAGGAGCCCCAGCACGAGGAGCUUCAACAGACACAGCAGGCAGAGCCCCAGGCCCCUAUACAGGCAGAGCCACAGACUCCUACACUGCCAGAGCCCACAGAGACAGCAUUAGUACACUCUUCAGGCGGUGACGACCCUUCACACCCAGCUUGA